GAUGAGAAGACUGCGAAUAAUUAGAUUAUUUUUCCAAGAAAAUGAGAAUCGUCCUACAAAAUUGGAAAGGGAACAGUUAGACUCUCCAUCCGAUCGGGUUCCGGAAGAUAUCGCUCUUAAAGCGGCCCUAUCCCCUGUUGAUUCUGCGGAUAAUCGACCGAAUAAUAUCGAUUGCCCUAGAAAGAAAAAGAUUUUACCAGAUUUUCGUCUCUUAAGCGAAGAGGCGGUAGAAGAGACAGAAGAUGACGAUGAAGAAUCUAAAAAAGCAUUGCCUAAUGGGCAAGAAUUUACGCUAGAAAAAACUAUGUUCGAAGAAAAAUCUUUAGAAUGCCCUCAAAUCGAUAUCGAUUUACAAGAUAGUCCGUCAACACCCGGUGACGCCGUUCCGGAACUCGAAGAAGAUAGCAAAGAAAAACGAUGGAGAACUGUUACGAUUGCGGAUAAGCAUUAUCGAUUGGAUAUGAAAGUAAUUGAACCGUAUAAAAAAGUUCUCUCGCACGGAGGAUACUAUGGUGGUGAUGGAUUUAAAGCUAUUGUUGUAUUUUGUACGUGCUACUUACCAGACAAGAGACGGAAGGAUUAUAACUAUGUGAUGGAUAAUCUAUUUCUUUACGUUGUAUCUACUCUAGAACUACUUGUCGUAGAGGACUACAUGAUAAUUUUCUUCCACGGUGCAACACCAAAGUAUAAGAUGCCUUCGUUAGUUUGGUUGAAAAAAUGCUACGAUAUGAUUGAUAGGAGGCUGAAGAAGAACUUGAAACGGCUUCUAAUAGUUCACCCAACUAUAUGGCUUAAGACAUUAAUGCUUAUGAUGAAACCAUUUAUAAGCUCAAAAUUUCGCAAUAAAGUAGAUUACGUAAAAAAUUUGAAAGAACUUAGCGAAAAAGUAUCGACCGAAUACGUUUACGUGCCUGACGAAAUAGUUGAAUUUGAUAAAAAAUUAAACAAGGAAGAGCGCUAA